GAUAGUAGACAUCGUGUUGGAUACAUCACAUCAUGCUUCACAAACAGACGAAGCAAACUUGAACGACAGACGGACGUGUGGUUCGCGUCGCACCACGCAUAUUUAGUGACGAUCGAAUUUCAAAAACGUGUGUGCUACUGACAAUAUUAUGUUACGACAGUGCUAAGAAGUGCGGUCUAGGAUUCAAUGUUAUUUUGCAUUUUUUAAAAGACAUGAGUCGGUGAAUUGCAGUUUAUUCAAUCAUCUAUCAAUUAGUGACAGAGAAUAGAAUAUUAUCAUGAAGCGGCUACAAAAGUGUUGCUGUUGUGCGAGCACAAGAACCGGUACCCUGAUCACUGGUGGAUUGGGUAUCGUGUUAUCAAUAGCCACUAUCAUCACCGUAUGGGUUGUGGAAAGGCAUAGGAUUUCAUUCAAGACUUUCAUAUUUGGCGAAGACUUCGACAAAAAACUAUUAUCUCUAGACAUUCCGAGAAUCAUCCUCACUAUAAACUUAUGCUUCACCAUAUUGAUAUGCGCCUUACUCAUUGUCGCAGUACACAAGAGGAGAUCAUGGCUAAUGCUACCGUGGGUUGUCCUGGGUAUCGUGCUAGCAAUAGGGCUGCUCAUUAGUAUACUACACACAUCCAUAUCGUUUUAUCUUCACGAUACCAACAAUGAAGUAGAAAAGUACAACGACAAUAUAUUGGCCACUGUUAUACUCAUAGGAGGACUAAUUUACCUUUGUAUCUACUUAUAUCUCUGGGCGGUGGUGUUCAGCCAUUAUCUUGACGUCCGUGAUGAGGAAGAGCGAGGAAGAUACAGAAAGGCCCCAUACAAACGCUAAGAAUGUAUCAUCGACAGUAAAAAUCUAAAGCACUUUCACUCACAGUUAAAAAAAACCUUUAAAGUUUAAAAUUAUCUCAUUGCGAUUUAUAAUAUUUAAUUAAUUGGCGUGAUGAAUCUCUCUUCUAAAUUUGUAGAUAGGGAUAAUAAAUAAUAAAUA